ACUUGAACCAAUGAAACAAUCUGACAGCACUUAUGAAGAUAGAUGAUGCCCCUUCCUUUGUAAUUGGAACUUCUGCGUAGAUGCUGUAAAGCUGUAUUUGACUUUCUUUCAUUGCCCACUGACUUUGAGUUGCAGGAAAGUCUCUAAAGAUUGAGAUCAAAUGACGUCAAUGGCCAGCUUGUUUUCUUUUACUAGUCCAGCAGUAAAGCGAUUGUUGGGCUGGAAACAAGGCGAUGAGGAGGAAAAAUGGGCAGAAAAGGCAGUGGAUGCUUUAGUGAAAAAGCUAAAAAAGAAAAAGGGUGCCAUGGAGGAACUGGAAAAAGCCUUGAGCAGUCCAGGACAACCAAGCAAAUGUGUCACUAUUCCUAGGUCUUUAGAUGGACGUCUGCAGGUUUCUCACAGAAAAGGCCUACCCCAUGUUAUAUACUGUCGGGUUUGGCGCUGGCCUGAUUUACAGAGUCAUCAUGAGCUAAAACCAUUGGAUAUUUGUGAAUUUCCUUUUGGAUCUAAGCAAAAAGAAGUUUGUAUUAACCCAUACCACUAUAAGAGAGUGGAGAGUCCAGUCUUACCUCCAGUAUUAGUGCCGCGUCAUAAUGAAUUCAAUCCACAACAUAGCCUUCUGGUUCAGUUUAGGAAUCUGAGCCACAAUGAACCGCACAUGCCACAAAAUGCCACGUUUCCAGAUUCUUUCCAUCAGCCCAACAACACUCCAUUUCCAUUAUCACCAAACAGCCCUUACCCUCCUUCCCCUGCGAGCAGCACAUAUCCCAACUCCCCUGCAAGUUCUGGACCAGGAAGUCCAUUUCAGCUCCCAGCUGAUACUCCUCCUCCUGCCUAUAUGCCACCUGAUGAUCAAAUGGGUCAAGAGAAUUCCCAGCCUAUGGAUGUAAGCAAUACUAUGAUUCCUCAGACUAUGCCCAGUAUAUCCAGCAGAGAUGUUCAGCCUGUUGCCUAUGAAGAACCCAAACACUGGUGUUCAAUUGUCUACUAUGAGUUGAACAAUCGUGUUGGAGAAGCUUUUCAUGCAUCUUCUACUAGUGUGUUAGUGGAUGGCUUCACAGAUCCUUCAAAUAACAAAAGUCGAUUUUGCUUGGGAUUAUUAUCAAAUGUGAAUCGUAACUCUACAAUUGAAAACACUAGGCGACAUAUUGGAAAAGGUGUUCAUCUGUACUAUGUUGGCGGGGAGGUAUAUGCGGAAUGCCUCAGUGACAGCAGCAUAUUUGUACAGAGUAGGAACUGCAACUUUCAUCAUGGCUUUCAUCCCACUACUGUCUGUAAGAUUCCCAGCAGCUGCAGCCUCAAAAUUUUUAACAAUCAGGAAUUUGCGCAGCUUCUGGCUCAGUCUGUCAACCAUGGGUUUGAGGCAGUAUACGAGCUCACCAAAAUGUGCACCAUUCGAAUGAGUUUUGUCAAGGGUUGGGGAGCAGAAUAUCACCGACAAGAUGUUACCAGCACUCCAUGUUGGAUUGAGAUUCAUCUUCAUGGGCCUCUCCAGUGGCUGGAUAAAGUCCUCACUCAGAUGGGCUCCCCUCUGAACCCCAUAUCUUCUGUUUCAUAGUGCAGAAGUAUUCUUUUCAAUUGUAUUAUUAGUGGACUUGACUAAUUCUAGGAAAACUUUGAGUACAGAUACUGUGAGCUUACAUGGAAAACAGAUAUUACAGCAUGUUUUCUCUUACAUAAUUGUGACCAAUACAUUUGUAUUUUGUGACAAAUCUACAUUUGUUUGUAUUCAUAUUCAUGUGACUAAUGCUCAAAAGUGUUGUGAAAGAUGCAGAAUAAGUAGUAUGCCCCAGUUCAGAAGUUUGGCAUUGAUCGUAAACUGGAAUUUUGUCCCAUCAUUUUUUUUUUUAAUAUUAAAAAUAAUUUUUUUAAAGAUCAUUGUACAUCACAUGAUGGAGCAUUAUAAUAGUAUAAAAAAAGGUAUACAGUGGAAAAUAAGUCUUCCCUCCUACUCUUGAUCCUCCAGAAGCUAUAGUUUUACUAGUUUCUUUGUCCCACCA